AUGCGUCCCGGCUCCAGGGCAGCGGGAGCUAACGAGGAGGAGGUCGAGCGUCUGCGCACUCAACUCGAGGACCGCGACCGGCAACUGAAAGAACAGGCUGCUACGUUGGCAGAAAUGGAAAGCAGCUUGGCCGAGGUACAAGAUCUGAUGGAGCAUGCCGAUGCGCCGAGGUUUCGAAGAGGUAGCAUUGACGAUAAGGAUGCUGUCCAGCUCCGCGCGCUGCUCAGAGAGAAGAACGAGAAGAUUGCCAUGCUCACGGCCGAGUUUGACGCCCACAGAGCCGAUUUUAGAAGCACUAUUGAUACCCUAGAAAUGGCCAGCACAGAAACAGAGCGGGUAUAUGAGAAACGGAUAGAAGAGCUUAUGCAAGAGGUUCAUGACCUUCAAGAACGGACUACGGAUGUCGACGCUGUUGCAUCUCAACUCAAGCAAUUAGAAGAACUUGUACAAGAGCUUGAAGAAGGUCUAGAAGACGCUAGACGAGGAGAGGCUGAAGCUCGCGGCGAGGUUGAGUUCUUAAGAGGUGAAGUCGAGAGAACGAGAUCAGAGCUACGGCGCGAACGUGAGAAGGCAUCUGCAGCAAUGAACGGAGGUCACGGAGGCAUGAACGGCGACGCAACAUCUAACUCCAAGGAAUUGGAGCAAAAGGAGGAUGAGAUCAGGGGUCUCAAGGCUAUCAUCCACUCUUUGAGUCGAGACUCCGUACCGGCAGAUGUGGACCGUCCUGGCCUGCCACAACGCACGAGCUCCUUCCAGUCGCACCGACAUAAGGAGUCACUUGACGCACAUAUGGCAAAAGACAAGCUAGAGCGGGAAGUUUCGGACUUGCGAGCUCUUCUUGAGAACAAGAACAGCCGUGAGGAAGACCUAGAGCGCGAGAUCGAGAUGCUCCGUAGGGGGAGCGCUACGACUCAUCGCGGCAGUGCCAUGACGAUUGGCAGUGCAAAUCAACGGUCAUCAUUCCGUGAUUCACGGGGCACAGUUAUCCUAGCUCGAGACUUCGAGCCUGGCUCACCUGAAGCUCGCAAGACUCACACUCGCGGCCCAACACUGGAUACCAUGCCUGAAAGUGAUGCGUUCUCUUCAGCUACGGAAACUAGCACCCUCUGGUGCGAGAUCUGCGAGACAUCGGGGCAUGAUAUCCUCACUUGCACAAACAUGUUCGGUCCUCAGACCGAGCAGACCACUACCAACGGCGACUCGAAGACUGGCAAGGAUGUGGUACGCGAAGGCUUGAAGGGACUGACACCGAACACAGGUCAGGAGGAGUUUAAACCUGCUCCGCUGUCGCCUAUCAAGACCAAGGCGCCUACUAGCGUCCCGCCCACUAUCAACAUCUUGCCAAAUCCGAUGGAAUCAGGACCGGUCGCCGGCAAGGAGAGCGGCGUCAUUGAUGCUGGCAAGUGGUGCGCUCUGUGUGAACGAGAUGGCCAUGAUAGCGUCGACUGUCCAUUUGAGGAUGCCUUCUAA